CGGCGGUCAGUCCGGUGGCCAGCGACUGCAGGGCGGACUGCUCUAUCAGUGACAGCCAGUGAUUCCGAGCGAGAUGACAGUGCGGUGACGCGCGGCGGCGGUGAUGGCGCGCCGGUGACGAUGGCGGCGCCGGUCGGUCGGCAGCCGCGCGGCCGGCGGCGCCCGGUCAGCGUCGACCUGGGCCUGGCCGGCCUGCUCAACCGCUACCUGAGGCCGCGCUCGGCCGAACGCCGGCGGCAGCGGCACUCGCUCAAUGACGGCGUCGGGGGUGACCCCGGCCCGGGCCCGUCGGCUGCCGACACCGCCUUCGUUGCGGCUCCGAUGGCGGGUCCGGCUCCGGCGCCGGGGCCGGGCGCCGCGCCGAUGCCGGCCCCGGGCCCGAGCACGCUACCGAUGACCGAGACGGCCUCACGGGAGCAGCGUCUGAAGAAGCGCCCCAACACGGAGGCCGAGCGGCCGCGGUCUCUAUCCCAGCUGGGUCACCUAUUACCGCAGCUCGGCAGUGUCCUCCCCAGCGUCAUUGGAACACGCAGAGCGCCGCAUGAUCCCGCAAAGAUAACGGCCGGCACCAUGGAGGCCAAGAAGCGGGGCACCCUGCGCGGCCCGCAGGCCCGCCGCUCCCCCGAGGCGCCCGUCACACUGCGGGGAUGGCUGGACAAGCAGGGCUCGGAGCGGCUGCGACUCUGGAAGACGCGCUGGUUCGUCCUCUCAGAGUACUGCCUCUACUAUUAUAAAGACGCCCGCGAGGACAAGCUGCUCGGCUCUAUCACGCUGCCCUCCUACCGCGUCUGUCCGGUCUCGGCCGAGGACAGGGUGCACCGCAAGUUCUCCUUCCGUAUCGAGCACGCCAACAUGCGCACCUACUACUUCGCCUGCGACACCAAGGAGAAGAUGACCGAGUGGAUGAACGCCAUCAGUCUGGCCAGCAUCAUGCAGAAGGAUCCGGGGUACCCCAGUCGCCAGCGCUCGGACCGGCCCAGUGUCGGCUCUUUGGAGGGCAGUGAGGCCGGCUUCCCUCGGCGGCACGACCUCAACACCAGCCGCGAGUCAGUGGGAGGACGGCGCGACUCGCGUCAGCCUCUGUACGCCAACGCGCCGCCCAAGCCGCGCCGACUGACCGGCAGUCGGGAGGCCAGCUCCUCUCCAGAGCCGUGUGACCGGCUGGCAGAUAUGACCGCCGGCGCCCCGGUGCCCGGCCGGCGGCCGCCCGUCGAGCGGCGCACGCCCGACGCCUACGCGGCCGCCUCGCCGCACGCGCGCGUGGACUAUGAGGAUGUGUAUAACGCCAGUGUGGGCAGCGGCUCUUCGCGCGAUCGGAGCCGAGCCGGUGAACUGCGGGCGCACGCGCGCGAGUCGUACGCCUCCAGUGCCGGCCGGAGCACGCAGAUGUCUGGUGAACUGUGCACGCCGCCUCCGGCCGCGCCGCGGGGCGGGUACGGCCACCCGGGGGUGUACCCAGAGCACGGCUAUCCUCCAGUGGACGAGUACGGCCGCGGCACGGCGGCGCCGCCCCGACCCCAUUCAGCCGACUUCCUCGAGUGGGAACGUAACGCGGGUCGACCGGCGAGUGCUGGACGGCUGCCGGCGCCGGCCGCACGACCCAAGUCCAGCCUAGCGCGCUACCAGCCGCCGGCCAACGACUACUGGUCAGAGGAGGGCUACGCCAACAAGAUGCGUCAGGCGGCCUACAGCGGCGGUGUAAUGCUGCCGGGCGGGGCGGGGCCGGGCCCGCGCCUCAGCCCCGGCCCGCUGCCGGGCUCGCCGGCCGGUCCGCCGCCGGGAGCCGCUACACUGCCCGGUCACGGAGCGGCCGUGGCGCCCGAGACCCCGCCGCCGGCGGGCACCCACUCUCUGGGCCGCGACCUGGAGCGAGUGCCGCGCGGUAGUGGGUUCAUGCGCUCGGCCAGCGCCCGGUUCGCCCGUCAGAAGGCCAGAGAGCUGGACAUGAUGAAUACUUCACUGCCAGACGACCCGAACGACAGCCGUGAGGGCACCCGCAGGAAAAUCCAGCAGCGCGAGGAGUCGAUGAAGCGGCUGCUCGAGUGGAAACAGAGGAUGCUGCAGUCGCCGCUGACCAGAAAGUCACCCAAGCUGACGGACGCCGCUGCCCGCUUCCCCCCUGAUCAGUACAAAAGGAGAGUGCGCCAGGAGCUAGAGAGGAGUGAGGGGAACAGGACCCCGCGGCCUCAGACGGUUCACGGGCUGCCUGAGGCGGACAGCAGAGAUGUCAGGGAAGCGGAAUUCUCACCCCCGCCGGCGGCGUCACAAGACUACGUGAACCUGUCGUACCGUAUGGGCGACGCCGAUCCGUGGUCUGGCCGCCACGAGGUGCCAUCCCCUGCUGCACGGCAUGUGCCGGUCGUGCCGUCUCACCGCGAGACGUGGAAUACCGCGAUGACGUCUCCCGCGCACGAGCAGUGGCCGGCCUCAGGUGUGACGUCACCCUCCAACGAAUCAUGGCACAGCGCCGGUGUGUCGUCACCGGGUCCGGACACGUGGCCGGCCAGUGUGACGUCUCCCACCGCAGAGGCGUGGCGCGGCCCGACACCCCACAAACCCGACAACCGGGCCACCGCCAGCAGCCACGACCACCACCCGCGCAUGAAAACGAACGCCGACUUCCGUAACUUCGACAAAUCGGCCGGCACGCUGGCACCGGACGGCUACCAGCAGGCGCACAGCCAGUACAGCUCACAGAAGGACAAGUACCACCACGAGCUACACAACUACGAUCGAUUCUACCCUGCCAAGGAGAAGGUGUCCGCUCAGCGGCGCGCGAUGGCCCCCAGCUCCAACGAGCUGCCACCACCACUCGUCAGCGCACGUGAGCUGGAGGCGGCGGCUGCUCUCACUGAUCUGCGCCGACCGGAGAACGCCUCACUGGGCAAACACUCGGACAGCGGGUACGACACACUGCGAGCUGAUAUGACCGGGGACGAGGCUCCGGCUCGCGCUCAGAACGGGCGCGCCUCCGCCAGUCGCCGCUCGGCACCGCUGGAGAGCGGCAGGCGGAGCGCCGGUGGUGGUGGCGGCUGGGCGGCUGCUGACUGGCACGAUGAUGGCGACAAGAUCGACGAGUCGCGGCUGGUGAAGGAGUUCAGCUACGAGUAUGUGAAGCCGGAGCAGCCGCCGAGCGCGGCCAAGGUGCCUCCCAAGGUGCUUCCGAAGCGCUCUCAGGCGCCGAGGGAGAACACCGCGGCCGCUGCGGAGAGUCCCAGCCAGCCGAGUGAAACUCCGCCGAAGAAUCUCGUCCAGGAGCGGAUCAAGGCGUUCAAGAGUCGCCUGGAUGAAUCAGGCAAUAGUGUUGGUGCAGAGGAUGAGAGGCUAGAGCGACCGCUGAGACCUAUGAAGACGCAGGCUGAGGUGGCCGAGGCGCAGGUCUCGCAACUGAAGAUGCCGCCGAUCGAUUUCCGUGAGACGGAGGCCACCACUGUCACUGCCUCUGAGGCUCAGGUGACCACCAUCCGCAGCCUCAACUCAUCCUCAAAGACGGCACGCAGCCCAGGCCGCAGUCCUGGCGGCAGGGAGGCUCGGUCUCAGGAGGAGACAGCCGACCGGUCACUCACCUACUCAGAAGGCAGCCCCGCCAACAGCCUCGACCUGCGGGACAUCCGCAGCCCGCAGGACAUCAUCGACUCGCGUAAGUCGCGCAGCAAUCUCAGGAAAUUUGCAUUAGACGAGGACUCGCCCACUGAUCCAGAACCUCGGUCAGUCGCCUCAGCUAACGACACUUCUCAUAACGAGCCGCACGCGCCUAGCGAGCCUCACAACACAUCAGUUGAGGACCUACUGGCUAAAUUUGAGAGUGGUCAGCUGAGUCACGAAUGGACUCCAAGCCGACCGAGUACCUCACACGAUCUGCGGCGAGUAGGCAGCGACUCUGACGCCGGUGACGCGGAGAGGGCAGGCUCAGAGCCGUCGUCUCUCAGCAUGGCAGGAGUUCUGGGAGACCUACGCCGAUCGGCGGACAGAAGUGCCGCGGCGGAGACUCGUGUGGACACUCAGGGGACAUCAGAGAGCCACUGGAGUCCUCCGGGUCCGACGGACGGACAGUGGAAUACGCCAUCUCCCCACGCCACGCCGUGGACGCCGUCCGGGCCGCGGACAACGCCGGCCGCUCACUGGGACCCUCACGGUUCCUCGUUAGUGCCAGAGCCGCGCAGGAACGGCCGUGAUGUGUCCCCCGCGGCCGGCGCUGCGGCUCACCCUCCUGCUGCUGUGGAUAACUCCGGUAUGGCGGUAACACGUUUCGGGCCUGGAGAUGGUGGAGUUGUGUUAGCUCCGUCACCGUCUGCCAGUCAGUCUUCACGGCGCUCUGAGGAGCCGCGCUCACCACCGGCUGUACCUCCCAAACCAGCGCGGCCUCCAGCGCCGUCGCCGUCAUCAUCACCCAUCUACGCCAAUCAGCUACCGAGCGGCGGUCUGAUGCUCAAUACCUCCGCCGAGGAUCAGUACCUGGUGAUGAGCCCUCCACGGAAGCCGGCGGAGGCGCUGUCUGAGCCCACCCCGCCGGUACCGUCACACUCACGGCAGACAUCGGCCGCGAGUCUGCCUCCUCCACCUGCCGCUCCGCCUCCACCGCCGCCGCUGCCGCCUCCUCUCCGACCCCCGGUACAGGCUGCAGGCUCUCAGCAGGAUGGCACCUACAUGGAGAUGAACCCCAACGUGCUGAACCUCAGCUUCGAGGCGUCACAGAGCAUGUUCAAGAAGCUCUCCAAUCAUGGUCUCUUUCUUGAAUCGAACAAAUACUCAGAAGUGCAUUACGAGUACAUGGCGCCGGCCGGUAGGGGAGAGCCUGUCUACAUGGAGGUGCCCUCAGAGAACGGCGACUCUGCCGGUCCAGCAUCUCCUGUAACAUCAUCAGCGGCGCCGACGACCACAACCCCAACCGCCGCCACGCCGAGCCCGAGCAAAACACCGACCGCAGAGAACAAAGUAGACAAUAAACGGAAGGCAGAGAGCGGCAAGAAGCUGAAGAACGAGAAGCGAAAGACGGAGAAGAAGUCGAGCUCGGCCGACAGCUCGGCAUCUGAUGCGGACGAUGAGGGUUCUAAGGAGCCGGAGCGGCCGCGCAGCCGCCGGUUUAGUUUAUCAGACACCUUCCGUCCUGCCUCUUACUACCUACAGAUGCAUGACGAUCGCGAACAGGCUGACUCAUCCGACAGUGACCUCGUCUCCCCGCCUCCGAUCCCCAUGUCCCCACCGCCGAUGGACGAGCUCCAGCCAACCGAGCCGACCAGCGGACAGUUCAGUUACGACGGGACUGGUGAGUCGGAUGCGCCGCCGUACCUGCUGAACGCUCUGCUGGCGGCGCACUCAGCCCAGAUGACCUCAGUGGGAGGUCAGCAGGUGGUGACUGAGCUACCCCGUGAGCGGCCGGCUUCUCUCUCCAGCCAGGCCUCCAGUCAGGACAGUCUGGCCCGGCUGGCAGCUGAUAUUGUCUCACGCCGCUCUCAGGACUCUGGCUCACUGGACAGUGUGACCAUUAGACCGGAUGCAGCGCCACCUGUGGAGAGCGUGCGGAAUGACAAGUACAAACGGCGCCCGGUGGUGGAUGAGAUGGCGCUGAUGACUGUAGCUGAGGAUCCUCACGUGCUGCGCUCUGAGGAUCGCUACCCGCCGGGCGGUGCGCCUCUGGAACCGCAGCCGCGCUCGCUGCUUUCCGAGGAACAGUAUCCUCCGCAGGACAACGGCGGAUACAUGACCAUGUCGUCGCCGCUCUCGUUGCAGAAGUCGGUGCCGCCGGCACUGCCUGCUAAACCCGCUGUCAGCGCUCACCAGACUUAUGAAAAUCUUCCAACGCCACGCACCAGGAAGCCAUCAGAAGUGUCCAUCCACACACUCAUGUCAGUGGCGUCGAGCGAGGGCGGGCACUUUCCAACCACGAAGCGAGAGAGCUUCAGCUCGCUCACCUCCAUCGAGUUGACACCAGUGAAGAGUCCAGAGUUCCAAUCUGACUUCGCUCGGACUUUCCAAAACGACCUGUCCGCAGCGGCAGACAGGCCGCCGGAGAGGCCGCCGGCGCCACCACCGCCCGGUGUUCCUCCUACUCCGGCCGCUGCAGUCCCAGCGCCGGCGCCCGCUCCGGCACCCCCGCGGGAGACGGGCGCCCGACCGCGUCAGCCGCGUACACAACUGUCACCGGCCCCAGCCCCCGGCCCGCUGGUGGCUGAUCACCGGCGCGGCAGCUCGAACAUCUCAGUGAACUCAGCGACAUCCACAGGCUCUGACGGCCGCGCGCCAUACUACUACUCAGACCUAGCGGCGGCCGCUGCACUGCAGGAGCGACCAGUCCGCGCACGGCCCAAACUCAACAACCAGCGGGAACUGGACGCCAGCAAACGAGCUGACAUCGGCCGUAAGGUGAAUCAGAUCAGUUCUCCUGAGGACCGACUGGCGCAGGUGGGCAGACUCGCCGCUCAGUUACGGAAUUCAGUGGAAUAUUUGGAGGCUCAGAAGUGGUCCGAUGUGGACGAACGUAACGUAUACGACUCGGACACACUGAAGAAGGCUCGACGGCGCUCGCACACACCCGAUGCGAUCGACCAGUCGGUGAGGAAUAUCUUCCCGGACGGGCUGCGAUUGAAGGAUGACGACCCGGGUGGGCCACCGUUGUCUCACCACCGACGCACACGUUCCUUAGAGGGUCUGUUAGAAGAGACACCCCGCUGUCGGCCACCUCUGCCGAGAAACGGUGGCCGCGAGGGAUCCGGCUCUGCAGACCGCGCCGCUCUCCGACGCUCGAGAACGCCCGACUUUUUAUCGUCAGGCUCAGCGGCUGAGUUUGUUCACGACUCACGCCCGCGCUCACAUACUCCCGAUGUGUUGACAUCACGGCGGAACGAGCCUGUAGCGACAAACCGUGCGGACGGACGGCGGUCUAUCACACCCAGGGUGGAGCCGGCACCGUACCGGCCCGAGGACCGGCCGCCCAUGCCCCUGCCGCGCUCUGAGCUGGCUCGGUCAGCAGGUGAGCCUCCGCCCUACCGAGCACCUCCGCCGGCAGACUCACCAGUGGCGCCGCCAGUGGCCGCUCACGGGACUGACGCUUACCGCGGCGGCGCCACCGUCGGGGAUGGCUGGCAGUCGGAGCGGACCCGGCACAGCUCUGUGCACCACUCCAGCCUGCGGCACGCUCAUUCGAUGGAGAGCCUGGCCGAGCCGGCACCGGAGGGGUCGCGGCUGGCACGCGGCGCGCUCUACGUCAACGAGCCGAUGCGGCAGCGUUUCCAGGAGCAGCAGCGCGCCAGCUGUCUCUCCAGCGACGACGUACGCUACGACCGGCUGGCACAGCGCUCUGACACGCUGCAGCGCGCCAAGCACGGGCGCACCUACCUCGAACAGUACGACUGGGACGACCGCGAGGAGCAGUUUCGGCCCAACAACGCGGUCCGUUCCGCCAACCUCCCCGCCGGCCACCCCGCCGCCCAGCCUGCCGCCAGCCAGCCUUUUUUAGGCGAUGGCCUCCCCCCGUCGUUCGAGAUUGACCGCGAGGAGUUGCGCCAGUGGGACCUCAUGUCCUCGGCGCCCCUGGUCGACCAGCGACGGAGAGGGAGGCCCAAGUCCGCCCCCGACCUGAGCCGGCCCGUGACUCGGCUGGAGCCGGCUGCGCGCCGCGCCUCGCCGGCCCCGUCCGUGCCACCGGCGACCCGCCUGUCCCCCGGCCCCGAGCCGUCCGCGGCCGCCGCCGACCGCGAGACGAGCAGCCAGUACCCGGCGGCCGGUACCGGCACAGAGGGAGCCGCCAGCGAGCCGGAGCCUCAGGACUCUACACCAGCCCGCCGCCGCCCGGUCAACGCGCUGAAUAUUCAUGGACGGUGCCGGUAA